AUGAGAUUUAAAACUGCACGUAAAGCAGGUGUUUAUUUACAAAGAGGUCCAAUAGAAUAUCAAUCAAAGAAAAAUAGUAAAAGAGUUACAUCAGUUAAUGAGGGGGAUAUUGUCAAACCAAAAGUGAUAGAAGUUUGUAUUCCAGUUUCAUGUGAAAAUAAUGAAAUAUUAGACACAAAUUGUGUUUUUAAUACUUCAUAUAAAAUAGCGUGUGGUUAUGUUUCUGAAAAUAAAUGUACUCCAAUAUCAAUUAAAAAACCAUGUAAAACUAAAAAAAAUGUUAUUUAUAUUUCAUCUAAAAGAAAAGGUAAAGGAACUAAAAUUUAUAACAUUAAAGCAUUUGAAGAUUCUCAUUGUUUAAAACCAUAUCAAGGAUUUACUGAAAAUAUCAUUAAUUGUAAAUUUAAUAAUUUAAAAACAAAAAAAUUUGGAUGUAAUCCUGAAAAUGAAAUUAGUGUUGGUGGUAUUUGUGAAUGUAAAAAUUGUAGAACUGAAAAUAUAAAAACUAAUAUAAAAUCAAAUGAUCAACUAAAAAUUAAAAGAUCAGAAAUAAAAUUUGGGUAUAAUCCUUGGUUUUGUUUCUUUAUUCCAGGUUUAGUAGUAAUAGUUGUUGUGUACUUUUUCACUCACAAAAAACCAUAUUAA